AUGGUUCACGAUAACCAUGAGGCUACACCAAAAUCAUCGCUCCCAUCAAACCUACGACUAACAUCUACUGUGCCGUUUGAAUCACAUCGCCUUGGAGCUACACACAGAACACACAUCCGUGCACAUUGUUAUCGCGAAGGUGGCCUUGACUUCGAGAAAUCAAAAUUCAAUCUCGAUCCUAUCGAAAUGGCCGGCGGAAAGAAAUCUGGAAGGACGUUGAUGCGGGAAGAAGGUCUAGAGCGAACAGAUAAUGGAUUGAAACAAACAAGUUGGCCUGAAGCCUUCCCAAUUAAUCAGAAGAAUUAUUACACAGAAUUCGGAAAACGCGAUGAUCAAUUGCUUGCAUCACGUCUGCAAAAUGAAGCCAAUCAAGAAAAACUUAUCCGCGAUGCCAAAAAUAAAGACAGAGCUCUUGCGCGCACAGGAACUGCCGAUGUACCACUACCCAUGGAUGAAGAUGAAGAAGAUACAGAUGUUACCGAUGAGUUAGCUGCGUCGAAGAUUAUCGUCAUCCACCCUGGCAGUCAAAAUUUGCGCAUUGGUUUGGCCAACGAUGCUCUCCCAAAGACCGUCAUAAUGGCAAUCGCAGAAAGGUUUCCGGUGACAGAAUCGCAAGAAUACGAACCUCGACCCAAGCGCCAGGAUUUUGAACUCCCACCAGAGCAGCAAUUUGGAGAGGAGUGGUCGAAGAAAUAUAAUAAACAAUGUGCUGAUUUGAAGGUGGAUAUGCGUGCAAACAGGCGCAAGGUACUGCCGAAUUCGAAAGAGUUGGUUGUCAAUUAUAAUCGCCGUAUGGAACCAGAAAAAAUUCCAGAACACAAUGAUCCACUUCGAAUGGAAUGGACGGAUACUGCCAAAGGGACAAAGCCGACUUUCACAGGUCCCGAUGCGCAACGGAUAGCAGACAAUUCUGACCCACCAUAUAGAUUAUUUUGGCCUAUGCAACAUGGAUGGUUCCAUGAGAAUGAUUACAACGUCCGUGAAGCCAUGUUUGAUGAUUUCGAAACAAUCAUUGAGCAGGCUAUGAGAAGAGAUCUGGGUCUUGAUAAAAGUAGUGAGUGGGAUCAAUAUAGUUGUGUAAUGGUGGUACCGGAUCUCUACGACAAGAAAUAUUUGGAACAGAUGCUGGACAUGUGCCUUCGAGGCUUUGAGUUCAAGCAGGUCGCCUUUGUACAAGAAAGUCAUGCUGCUACAUUUGGAGCCGGUUAUACAAGUGCUUGUGUAGUUGACGUUGGAGCACAAAAGACAUCAAUUUGCUGUGUAGAGGAUGGUAUGUGCAUAGAGGAUUCUCGAGUCAACCUCAAGUACGGAGGGUAUGAUGUUACUGAAACAUUCAUCAAAAUGAUGCUCUAUGAUCACUUUCCAUAUGCCGACAUAAAUCUUAAACGACGUUACGACUUUCUUCUCGCGGAGGAAUUAAAGAUUAAGUACUGCACUAUGAAUCAAGCCGAGAUCUCUGUCCAGCUUUACAAUUUUCAUCUCCGCGCACCAAAUCAGCCUACUCAUAAAUAUGGUUUCAAAACAUAUGAUGAGGUUAUUCUCGCUCCUAUGGGCUUUUACGAUCCUUCAAUCUUUGAUAAUAGUGACAAAUUGAACGGUCGUCGCAAGCUCUUGGAUCGAUCAUACAAUGCUUAUGAUAUCGACACACCCGAUGACCCUACAUCUUCAGCUCAGCUUGCAAUUCUGGCCGCGAUUAAACCUUCUAUCGCAACUAAUGCAAAUGGAUAUAAUCCUAAUAAUUUCAUAUCCAAUGGGAUGGCUGAUGUGUCCUUCUCUACACCUCAAAAAGAGAAGCCCAAUCCGUUUAACCUACUUCGUCUAGAUCCAGAUAAUGCAGUACAUUCUAGCGUUACCUCCGCUGCAGCUUCGCCCGCUCCUGAGGGUGCAAGCACGCCAGCUCCAGCUCCAUUUGUCUUUGGAAACAAUGGACAUACUGCCGGUUCCCCCGGUCCUACUAAUGGAACCAAUGGUACUCAUAGUGGUACGACACCCAUACCUCCCGCAGGUAUGUUUGUCGAUGUUCACGCCCGCACCGCCAAAGAUCUCGCCAUCGAACGUGAUUCCGUCCUCCCUAUCUCUGCUUUGGAUACAGCAAUCAUCACAUCCAUCACCCACGCUGCUAAACAUGAUGAGAAAAAAGCGCGAGAUUUCUAUGGUGGCAUUAUGUUGAUAGGCGGUGGUGCGAAAACACCGGGCUUUGGACCCUUCCUCGAAGAUCGACUUCAGAAAAAGAGACCCGAUUUGGCGGAGAGAAUCUUGGUAGGAACGAGUCCGAGGGAAAUGGAUGGGCAAGUGGUGGUUUGGAAGGGCGCGAGUGUGUUUGCGAGAAUGAAAAUGCAUGAGAGUUGGAUUGGGCAGAAGGAAUUUGAAAUGCUGGGGGCGAGGGUCUUGAGUCAGAAGAUUCUGUGGCAUUAUUGA